AUGGCUGAGCACGGCAUAGGGGACGAGCACGCUCAUGACGACGACCUCACCAGGGCCAAAGCAUGGUGCCUCUAUCUCUCACACUUCCUGUCUAUGUGGAAUUCGCGCACCUACGAGUAUGCCGCUAUUCUCUUCAUCCAAGCUGCUUUUCCGGGUAACCUGUUGCCAUCCGCUAUUAAUGGCAUCGCCGAAACCGUCUGUGUCAUUGUCUCUUCGUCGGCCAUGGGCCGCUGGGUGGACGGCGCGCCAACUCGGUUGCGACCGCUUCUCCUCACCAUCUUCGCGAACCGCACCACCCUCGUCGCUUGUUGUAUCAUGUGGCUCUUGCUGUUCUCCACCCCGGACGAGACCCUGAGGAGGGUUCUGUUCGCCGCCAUCCUGGCGUUGGGCAUGGUGGAGAAGGCAUCGAGGAUGGCCAAUAUUCUCAGCAUGGAGAGGGACUGGGUGCCGACACUGGCAAAUGCCGAUGGCGAGGACUAUAGCCUGACACACAUGAACACUGUGAUGCGACGAAUCGACAUCACAUGCAAGUUCCUAGCCCCUCCGGCAAUAUCGGGCGUCGUGGCGCUACUAGAUUCGGUCCCUGCUGCAAUGGUUAUUGCUAUUGUGAGCUUCACAAGCCUUGUGCCGGAAUACUGGGCGGCAAUGAGAGUGUGGAAGAACAACGGCAGAUUAAGGGGCGCAAAGAAAGAUAAGCGGAGCUCCAGCGGCGAUCUCGAACUGGAUCGGUAUUGCCAGCCAGAGUCCCACACCCACCCCUCUGACGUCCAUGUUCUUCAAAGGCUCCUUGCCAAAGGUGAAGAAGCCCUCAGAAUUGCACGCAGUAUCACUAGGGAUCACAUCGAAGGGCUGUCCUACUACUUCAGCACGACCGUGUGGCUCCCUUCCAUAUGCGCGGCCGUGCUGCACGCCUCGGUUCUUGCCUGGUCCGGCACCCUCAUAACCUGGCUCCUGAACGCAAACUACACGUUGGCCGAGAUCACUGUCGCCAAGGGAGUCGGUUCUGUCUUCGAAAUCGGAAGCACAGUCGUGUUUCCUUGGGCGGUGAACAUGUUCUCGACGACAUGCUCCGACGCCCUCGCCACGGCCUCAUACCAAAUGAUCGAACGGCGCAGCGUGGACGACGAAGGCGAAAGCGAAGACGAAGUCUACGACUGCCAGGCUCAAGGACCUCCCAAUAAGCUUCGCGGCGACGUUACGAAAGAGAGCCAAUUCAUUGGUAGUCGUAACCUGCACGUCGGCGUCGUCAAGGCUGCGCUGUGGGCUCUCUCGGGGCUGCUCAUCUUCCUCGUCCCGACCAUCAUUGCGCUCUUCUAUCUGAACAGCCGCCUCGUAGACGCGCACCCGGCUGUGGACGACACAACCACGUCGCCGCUGCCGACGUACACACUGUUCACAGUAGUGUUCUUCACGUUUCUGUCCUUCUCGUUCCUCGGGCGAUGGAUGUAUGACUUAGCGGUUAUGCAGCUGACGCAGAUGCUCAUCCCGGCCGCGCACCGCUCGUCGUUUGGAGGCGUGGAGCAGGCGCUCGUGAGCUGUGUCAGCCUCGUCCAUUGGGUUGCGGCGGCGAUCUGGCACCAGCAGGGCGACUUUGUGUGGCUCGCUUUGGGGAGCUUUUGUGCCAUCGCUGCUGCGACAGCGGCUUUUACGUGGUGGGCUAGGCGGUGGACAAGGGACGCCGUUGUCUACAGCACAAGCGCUAGAUCAAGCUGA